AUGUCUUCUUUCAAGCAUAACCACUCAUUGAGCCCAAUUCUGGCAGUCGAAUUUUACCAUACUUCUACUGGUAAAUUGUUGAUUCUUGCGGCUGAGGGUUAUUUUCUAAAGAUAUAUGAUGCCAAAACUUCCAGCCAGAUUGGUCAAUGUAGAGUCUUCGACUCACAGGCGAUUCACGGUAUCAUUAUCAGAGAAUCGAAGAAUAAUUCCAUAGACGAUUUACAGGUAGUUAUUUGGGGUGGUCAAUGUUUGACCUUACUCCGAAAAUCGCAACUUGAAGAGAUCAUAUCUCAAUAUGUGACUAGUAUCACGAAAACUGCGACAGCAGCCAGUGACUGGGUUCUCAGUGUUGCUUUUUGUCCUUGGGAAAAUGAUGGCUGUGUCAUGGUCACUGCUCACAAUGCAAUGGUUCAAGCGACGCUCUCAACAGAAGACAAAACCAUAAGAUUGCGUCAACUGCAGCCUUCUUCGCGAUCUAUGUUGUACUCUGCAAGUCUCGUUUGCGAGAACCAAGAUACGGUCAUAGUUGCAGCAGGAACUAUCUUCGGUGAGGUCAUUGUUUGGAAAUGUGUUGCUGCUGAAGAUAACUCCGCAUUCCACAAUGAAGCACUUUUCGUUUUCACUGGUCACGAGGGUUCCAUUUUUGGGGUUGAUAUAUCUCCUCCGAUCAUGGGCCAUGAUGGAAAGACUACACAAUUGCUAGCAAGCUGUAGCGAUGAUCGUACAAUACGGAUAUGGAAUCUUGCGGAAGGCUCACAAAAUGAUGCAGAUGCCAUGAAGUUAGCUGCCGACUUGUUGCCAAGAGAGACAGGCUUUGGAGAGACAGCAAAACCUCAACAAGACUCCAAUGGCUUCAACCGAUGUAUUGCGGUAACAAUGGGUCAUGCUUCUCGUAUAUGGGGUGUCAAAUUUCACUGUCCUGAUAAAUCAACAUUUGGCACCUCGUCAAUCACCAUUCUUUCUUUUGGAGAAGAUUCAACAGCUCAACAAUGGAUACUAGAGCUUGAGAGUGAGCUUCAAAAUGGAAGCAAAACCUCUGAAGUUUUAGACCCUGCUGUUUCCAAACCUAGCUCAAAUAGUCUUGCUAAGUUAACAAACAUCAAAACUUUUGCAUUCCACACUGGAAAGCACAUUUGGUCAGCAGCUAUUACUCAAAUGGAAAACAAUCAAACUUUGCUUGUCACUGGUGGAGCAGAUGGAAAAAUUUCAACAUACUGUUUUGAAGAGGAGAGAAGGACAAAUCCAAAGCCUAUUGAUAAGUUGAGCAAUAAUGCCGUGGAAGACUCAGCAAUGGACAAUUCUGUCGAAGGUUCAUAUUACUCGGUAGCUUUUGAGCUCGAAGAUGUGUUGAAGUCUCUUAAUUCGACGGAAUCCUAUUAUGAGGAGGAACAAGAUCAAGAAUACGUCGUAUCAAAGAAGAACAAAAAGGUGCCCAAAGAUGCUUUCAAUCGCUAUGCAUUCGUAUCUGAGAGUGAUUUUCUGAUCACGACAACAUUCGGAAGAAUUCUGAAGGCGACUGUUGGAAACUUGGUCAAGUUCGAAGAAGUUUCCCUACCCGAAUCCAGUACUCAAGAUCUGAGAUCAUAUUCUAUUCUGAAGGGAAACUCAACUCUCGGAUUAUGUGUUUUGGCGGGUACUAACGGGAAAAUAUUCUUGUAUCAACCAGGACUGCCCAUUGUCCAAGUAGGACAAGUUGAGCGAAAACCAUCGGAUAUUUUCAUCGUCCCAGGAAAUGAUAAUCGAUCAGUCGAAUUAUUUGUUACGUUAUUGGGAACCCAAGAACUGACAAUAUUCUCUUUCAAUCUGGAAUCUUCCGGGUUACAACCUUUUAUCGACAGAAGGACGCUCUCAUUACCCCCGAAAUUUAUAGUCACAGGUGCUGGUACAUGUAACAGCCAUCUCAUCAUUGGCUCUAGAGAAGGUCAAAUCUUGGUACACGACACGAAAACCAAUACUAUGAGUAUCUGGAACUCCCCCGGUAAGAAGGAUGCUAUUACUUCCAUUGUUGCUGUACCCAGUACCAAUUCUCAGCAAACCACAAGCUAUUUCGCAAUCACGAGUCGAGAUGGGUUAUAUGCGAUAUUUUCAUACAACGAUGAAGACACGCCUGAAAUUUCACGCGUACAUUCUGCUGCACCACCAUUCGGACCAAUGAUUGAAGCAUGUUGGUUUCAAGGUUCUGAUCUAAUUCUAUAUGGAUUCAAAAGCAAGAGUCUCAUCGUAUGGAACGAGACGAAACAAUCUGAGAUUAUGCGUAUCGACUGCGGAGGUGCACAUCGAGCUUUUGCAUAUUCGCCGUUCGAAGGGGCUCAGGCAGGUGGUAGUGGUCACUUGAUAUAUACAAAAGCAUCACAACUAUUCCUUCAUUCCCAAAAAGUUCCUUCUCAUCGUACCAUUAAAACCGGCGGCCACGGGCGGGAAAUAAAAACUUGUGCAAUGGGAGGCUCACCACAAAUGAUAGCCACCGGCGCCGAAGAUACCAAUAUCCGAAUCUGGCGCUACGAGAACAACGACACCCAUCCCCAAAACCAGGAUAAAACCCCCAACUCACAAACCCUGACCUGCCUCUCUACCAUUCAAAAACACACAGCAGGUCUCCAACACCUUCACUGGCACAAAUCACACUAUCUCUUCAGCAGCGGCGGCGUCGAAGAAUUCUACAUCUGGCGCAUCCGACCGAUCCCCGGCUUCGGUCUCGGAGUCAUCUGCGAAGCGUCCUGUCCCGAUCCCACUGCUGAACAAGACUUACGUAUUAUGUCUUUCGACGUAUCUGAUAUUCCUGGAAGCGAUCACGAAGAAAUGAUCAUCACGCUUGUGUAUUCGGAUUCGACUAUGCGUACUUAUCUUUAUUCGCGAAUCGGUGGAUGGAAAUUACUAGUCAGGGGUCAAUAUACAUCUGCGUGUUUGAUGCAAAUCGCCCAUCUACACGUUUCUCGCGAACAUAUCACUUUCCUGACUGCGGCUACGGAUGGAAGUCUCUGUAUCUGGAACGCUCCUCUCCAUAUUUCCAAUCACGAUCUCGCACAAAUCUCCACCCCCGCCCUCACAUCCCACACCAAAAUCCAUCAAAACGCCAUCAAAACCCUCGCGUUCAAAUACAUCUCUUCUUCCUCUUCUUCCGCAUCUACUUCUAACACCACCACUCCAUACCUAGUGAUCAUCACCGGCGGCGACGAUAACGCAAUCGGUGUGACGCUCUAUCCCAUCUCUAUCUCCUCUUCUGACCUCAAUGCAAAGUCAAAUACUUUCCAGAACCCAAUAAGGAUUCUCCUUCCUAACGCGCACGCUGCCGCUGUCACGGGAUUGGUGUUUAUUCCCGAUCCUACUUCUCGUUCUCGUUCUGCAUUUAUUACCAAAGAAGGGGAAAAGGAGGAACAGGAGGAAAGAGAAAUGUACAUCUUAUCCUCUAGUACCGAUCAGCGGGUAAAGACGUGGCGAAUCAGUGUCUCUUCUUCACCAUCUUCUUCUCCUUCUACAUCUACAUCUACAUCCACAGCCCCAAGUCGAGAAGAAGAAGAAGAAACAUGUCCGAUAGACAUCGAGAUGAUCGGUGACGAAUUUACAGCGGUAAGUGAUAUCGGGGAUGUGAGAUUAAUUCCUGGGAUUGCUGGGAAUGAGCAUGAGAAUGAGAAUGGGAAUGGGACAAAAGCGAUUAUUGUAGGGAAUGGAAUGGAGAUAUGGGGAUUUGGUGAGAUGAGGUAG